AUGGUCAAUCGAGGGGCCUCGCAAGGCUGCGUUACAUGCAGACAUCGCCGCGUCAAGUGCGAUGAAAGAAAGCCUUGGUGCAAGGCCUGUCUUCGUCUUGGCAUUGAGUGCACGGGUUAUGAGAGGCGUGGGCUGAGGUUUAAGGAUGAGACUGUUCGAUAUGGAGCCAAUUCAGCCGCUGUAACGCGCAUCAGCAACCGUGCGAAACAACCAUCACUUGAGAGGACGAUCAUUCGGUUACCAUCAGAUCACCCACAAGAUCUUGCUGUACCAUUCUUUCUGACAUAUGUUACCGAUGUUGGUCGAAGUUUGGAAUCAACGCGGGGUUUCUUGGAGUUUGUCCGUCCUGCUCUGGCUUCGGAGCGACAUGAUUCAGCUUUGAACACGGCAGUGACAGCUACGUCAAUCAAAAUCUGGUCCAUGAUCGGCAAAAUUCCUUCUUCGAGCCCUCUUCCUUAUCAGCUACUGGUGAAGGCCUUGAAGCGGCUUCACCAAGCAACUGAGGAGCCCAUGGAGAGAGGUCGCGAUGAGACCGUGCUAGCGGCCCUUGUGCUUCAGAUGCACGACACCUUGUCAGCUGUCUCAGGACAAACCAGAGCUCAUGGUGCCCAUCGUGAGGGAGCUUUGACCUUAUUAUUACAGCGCGAAAACUGUUUCAAGAACUCCAAGGUAUCUGUUUCUGAUCUUGAGUGGAUUGAGACUGAGGUUGCUCCGAUCUUGCCGGUAUCUAUUGCAGAUCUCCAACACACGUUCCGCGACAUGUCACCUCCAACAGUCCUCUCUUCUGCUGACACUAAGCUACGGCAACAAAUCUGCAAUUUGGAUACUCAGCUACGAACCUGGCUGAAACGGAUACCAGAUAGUUGGUAUCCACGACGGAUGAAAAGCGGCAUCGAUUUCGAUCCAUCAGUUCCUUCAUAUCGUGGCGCUUGCGACAUAUACCCAAGCAUACAAGUUGCGAAUAUCUGGAAUGCCUGGCGUAUCUACUGUCUCAUUCUCGAGGAUAUCAAGGACCAACUUACCAAGUCCUCAGCACUAUCUGCGGUUCAGCAUUUCGAUGACGAGAACAGCAUUUCGGACUAUGCCAUGUUCUGGACUUCCAAUGAACGCAGAGUCCAAGAGCUUGUUGAUUCUAUGUGCCUCAGCAUUCCAUUCUAUCUAGGCAACUGCAACUACCCCACUGAUAUACUCUCAACGGGAAGCUCCGAUAUCAUAUACCCAAGUCAACACGAUUUACCUGUCGAUGAUGAAGGAUAUAUGAGAUUCAAAGCAAGUGAUCAGUACGUUUCUAAACUCGAUCACUCGCGACAUGUGACACUUCACGGUCAGGUCCACGCAAUAAGCGUCUUAUCUUACGUCAUCGAUAUAUCCAUGAAUAGUUGGUGUCUUGAUGGGAUGGCGGUGAAGAGGGCACAUGACUCCUAA